GCGUGGACGGCGGGGUGCACACCUUCGAGGUGCAGUUGAGCAGAAGAUCCACGGGGCGCCUUGGCCUCGACGUGACGCUCGUGUCCGUCGAGCAGGAGGUCGGCCUGGUGGUCGAGGACAUCAUCAGCGGCGGGGCCGUCGAGCUGUGGAACCAGCGGGUCCACGAGUCGCGGCGGAUUCGUGCUGGAGACAUCAUCAUCCGCGUGAACGGCGCCGAGGGGGACGCCUCGGGGCUCGCCACCGAGCUCCGCUCGGGCGCGGACGUGCUGCUGACGGUGCAGCGGUCCCUCGCCGAGGAGCCCCCACCCGCCCCGCCGGCGCCGGACACGCACCUGGCGUUCGGGCGCGGCCAGGGCGGCCAGGGCCAGCCGCGUCCAGGCUCUGGCUACUGGCCGCCCUGGUCGCCCCCUGACGGGCCCACCGCGGAGGCCGCAUGGCCGCCGCCGGCGGAGCCCCGGCAGGGGCUUCUCCGGAAGGCGCUGGAAGGAGCCUCCAUGCCACACCUUCUGGCCGCGGCGCCGGGCGGCCCGCCGCAGG